AUUUUUGAGCUAUUGAAACAAAACCCCAUCUUAAACCUCCAACUCCUCCAUCUUUGGUAAAUUUUGCAGGGUUCUCUUUUUCUUCACUCAUCAUCAAUGGCGGAUAAGCUAGCUCUCCCUCUUCUUCUCCCAAGUCCACCACUUUCAAGGCCCUUUUCCUCUCAAGAUUUCAAUCAUCAAAAACCCAUCAGCCACCACCAAUCACAGCCCUUAACACCACUCCUUAAUGAAAUUUUACAGCCCACAAAACCCCUUUUGCCCAUGACCCACAAAACACCUAGAAAAAUUGGAAAACAUAAUGACCCAAACAGGGGAAAGCCAUGGGCUUCUCAUUUAUCUUCACAAGGUCAGGUAAUUUUCAAAACCCUAAUUGACCCAUGUUUUGAUUUUUCCCAAAUUGAUGAAAAGUUAGUUGCUUUAGUUGAAUUUCAUGAGCCCGAAUCAAUUUCGGGCUCCAAGUUGUUAUCUUUAGAUGUAUUGGGGUUAAUUCAGGGUCUGGGUCAUUACAAGAAAGUUGAAUUAGCUUUAAUUGUGUUUGAUUGGGUUAAGAAGUAUUAUAAAGAUUCGGGUAAGGCUUUACGAGGUUCGGUUGUGGCUGUAAUUGUUUCUAUGCUUGGUAAAGAUGGUCGGGUUUCUGUUGCCGCCAGUUUAAUUCGUGGCCUUAAGAAAGAUGGUUUUGUUAUUGAUGUUUAUGCUUAUACUUCGCUGAUUAGUGCUUAUGCUAGUAACGGGAGGUUUCGUGAGGCUGUCUCGGUUUUUAAAGAUAUGGAAGAAGAAGGGUGUCAGCCUACUAAGAUUACUUAUAAUGUGAUACUUAAUGUGUAUGGAAAAAUGGGUAUGCCGUGGAAUAAAAUUGAAUCGGUAUUUGAUAAUAUGAAAAGGUCAGGGGUUUUCCCCGAUUUGUAUACUUAUAAUACUUUGAUUAGUUGUUGUAAGCGCGGGUCUUUGCAUGAAGAAGCUAAUAGGAUCUUUGAAGAGAUGAAAAUGGCGGGGUUUGUGCCUGAUUAUGUUACUUACAAUACAUUGUUGGAUGUAUAUGCAAAGUCCCGGAAACCUGAUGAGGCAAUGGAUGUUUUAAGGGAGAUGGAGAUCAAUGGGUUUUCCCCAAGUGUUGUGACUUACAAUUCGUUGAUUUCUUGUUAUGCUAAAGAUGGGUUGUUUAGUGAAGCGAUGGAGUUAAAAGGUCAAAUGUUGGAAAGGGGGAUAAAACCAGAUGUUUUUACCUACACGACUCUGUUUUCGGGGUUUGAGAAAUCCGGGAAAGAUGAGUCUGCUAUGCGGGUUUUUGAUGAAAUGAUUACUUCGGGCUGCAAACCGAAUAUUUGUACAUUUAAUGCCCUUAUUAAGAUGCAUGGUAAUAGAGGGAAGUUUAUGGAAAUGAUGAAAGUUGUUGAGGAUAUUCAAAAAUGUGGCUGUGUUCCUGAUAUUGUUACAUGGAAUACACUUUUGGCUGUUUUUGGUCAAAAUGGAAUGGAUAGUGAAGUUUCAGGGGUCUUUAAGGAGAUGAAAAGAGCGGGUUUUAUACCUGAGAGGGACACUUUCAAUACUUUGAUUAGUGCUUAUAGUAGAUGUGGGUCGUUAGAUCAAGCCAUGAAUGUGUAUAAAAGUAUGUUGGAAGCGAAAAUCAGUCCCGAUCUUUCCACUUAUAAUGCAGUUUUGGCAGCAUUAGCUCGUGGAGGUCUUUGGGAGCAAUCCGAGAAGAUUCUAGAAGAAAUGAACAACCGGGGUUGUAAACCCAACGAGUGUACUUACAGUUCUUUACUUCAUGCCUAUGCAAACAGUAAACAGAUCGAAAAAAUGCGUGCUCUUGGAGAGAAGAUAUAUUCUGGUGAAAUCGAAACACAUGUCGUUUUGUUAAAGACUCUUGUUUUAGUCAACAGCAAAACGGAUCUUAUAGGAGAAACAGAUCGAGCAUUUCUUGAAAUGAGAAAUAGAGGUUUCUCACUAGACAUUAAUACUCUAAAUGCUAUGGUUUCAAUAUAUGGUAGAAGGCAGAUGUCGAUGGAAGCAAAUGAAAUCAUUUCAUUCAUGAAAGAAAGUGGAUUUUCUCCCAAUCUGACCACAUACAACUCUUUGAUGUACAUGUACAGUCGAUCUUCAGAUUUCCCAAAAUCAGAAGAAAUCUUGAAGGAUAUUUUGUCAAAGGGAAUCAAACCUGAUGUUAUUUCUUACAACACAGUGAUUUACGGAUACUGCAGAAACGGAAAGAUGAGAGAGGCAUCGAGGGUUUUGAGUGAAAUGAGGAAAUCUGGUGUUAUUCCAGAUGUGAUCACUUAUAAUACCUUUAUCGCUAGCUAUGCUGCUGAUGAAUUGUUUAUGGAAGCCAUUGAUGUAAUCAGAUACAUGAUCAAACAAGGGUGUAGACCUAAUGAAAGCACAUACAACUCUAUCGUUGAUUGGUAUUGUAAGUUUCAUCACAGGGAUGAUGCUGUUCUCUUUAUAAAUAAUCUUCGUGAGGUUGACCCACGUGUGUCUAAAGACGAAAUUAGUAGAUUAUCGGCACGUGUUGCACAGAUUGCAUAAGGAUGUUGUAUUGUAUAUGCUUGUUUUGGCCUGUACAUAUGCUUAUAGUUUUGCAGAGGAACUGACGAACUUAAAGUUGUGUAUACUUAUCAAUCUAGUUGAUGGAUAGUAGUAACUAUAGUUUGGAGCUAAUCACCUGUUUGUUUAUUUCAGGAGGAGGAUGUAAAUUUCAAUGCCAUGUGUAUUAAAUGAUUCAAAUUAGUCUAUGAGGUACUUUGAUAUUGUAAAAA